AUGUCUGUCGUGCUCACCCCGAGCAAUGCGCUGGGCUUCAACAGACCUCUAACACAGCACGUCAAGCGCACGCUGGGCAUUUCCAACCACAAUGCGCAACCAGUCGCGUUCAAGGUCAAGACGACCGCGCCCAAGCUGUAUUGCGUUCGACCAAAUUCUGGCAGGGUGGAGCCUGGGGAGACUGUUGAAGUGCAGGUGAUGCUGCAGGCGAUGAAGGAGGAGCCUGCACUCAACGCCAAGUGCAAGGACAAGUUCCUCAUCCAGAGCACCCUCAUCACCGCUGAAAAGGAGACUAUGUCCCUUGGGGAUCUCUGGGCUGACAAUAGCGACGAGGUGCAUUCGCAGAAGAUCAGAGUCGUGUAUUUACCUCCAGAAGGGCAGACUGUGCCAGAAGAGGAGGAAAGCAUGAGCAUGAUGGCGAAUAUCUCCGAUCCGAAUAUCUACGGUACUGUUCGUCAACAUCCUUCAGGCAAUGGCUACGCGCACCAAGCUCGGCAACCCAGUGGGGACAGUGGGGUACCUCACCAGGAGGAAGACACACAUCAUGAUGCACCAUCUACACCGCCGCCGACACGGUACACCACCUACGAGCCACCACCUCAGCAGGACCCCGAGGAGGACGUCGGAAUUGUCAACGUUAAUGUUCAUCCACCUCAGCCGGCGCCGCAAAUCUCAUCUGCCUCCGCUCCGGAGCCAAACACAGAACUCAUGGAGAAACUCGAGGAGGCGCAGGCCGAGAUCGAACGCCUCAGGCACCUCAUUUCCUCCAUGCCGGAGCCCAGCACUGCUCCCACCGCGAUCACUUCUACUACUGCGGACCUGAGAAGACGCCGACCAACGUCGCCUUCCGAUGAUACAAGUACCACUUGGGAUGGAGAAACUGAGGUCGGCACGUACGUCGAGGACCCGAUAGCGCCGGAAGGCGUGCCUUUGCAAGUCGUGAUUAUCAUCGCGCUCGGGGUGUUCGUCACCACAUACUUAUUCUUCUGAAACACAUCUCGUCCUUUCUUCUCUUCUUUAAGCGCAUUUCGGCCCUUCGGUCGCUGUACUGCUCGUGUAAUCUGGAUCGGUUCUCUGCGCACAGCGUCGACGCGUGCCUCCCGCGUUUCGCCCUUCCGUGAGAUGUCAUAGGUGUUCCUUUUGAAUAUGGAUGUUAUUAUUCUUGGUGACUGUCCCAACCCGUAGUCCCAAUUAGUCCUGUACGUAUAUAUAUCAGUGGACGUUCGACUCAACAAUGUGAUCCAGCGGCCUACGUAAUGCCAUAUGGGAAGCUCUUUAGUCGUUUUUACCGU